AUGCCUUCCGCUACCAUGAAGGUUCAAGAAAUUCGUUCGGUUUGGACCUCAGACGAGGGUUCAAUGGCUCAACAGACGGCCAAGACCCGCUGGGCCAAGAUCAUUCAGGGUACUGUGGACGACAUUGGGAAGACAGCCACCAAAGAGAAUAUUGAUGCCCGAGAAAGAGCGGAGAGCAUUGCCAUCCAGAUCGCCCUCAAGCAAAUCAAGAAAGAAAUUGAAAUGAACCACGCCCUCACGCCCCUGCAAGAUGACGGCAAGCCAGAUAUCCAAGAGUGGAACGACCAGUUGGCUGUGAUCGGCGAGAGCAGUUGGGUCAACUGCCCUUGGCUUUUUGGAGAGUGCUACAUGUAUCGACGUAUUCAGAGGAUUUUAACCUCCUCAAAAUACUGGCAGAACUAUGAUGUUUUCAAGCGCCAGAAAGACUCUACCUUCGUCAAGUCCAGAUCCGCCGUGGAGGAGCUCGCCAGCCGUUAUAUGCAGACUGUCGCCGAAACUGGGCUUGUUCAAAACGAGAGCAAGGAAGAGGCCAAGAAGUUGCUGUUUAUCGAGAUGACGGAGGUUGCUUUGUGGGGAAACGCCACAGACCUGUCACUCCUCGCUAAUUUGAGUCUGGAGGACUUACAAAAACUUCAGGGCCGCGAUGCCAUCCAGAAGAGCCAGCGGAACAUCGUCGAUAACGACACGGACGACGUGUGGUCGUAUCUUCAAUGCACUACCGGUCAACCUGAUCGCCAGAUUGACAUUAUCCUCGACAAUGCGGGCUUUGAGCUCUUUACUGAUGUGCUCUAUGCCGCUUACCUGCUCGACACCGGCAUCGCUACUACUGUCAGACUACAUACCAAACAAUCCCCGUGGUUCGUCAGCGAUGUCAUUCCCUCUGAUAUCGAGUCAAUGUUCAAGCAUCUUGAGUCCUCCGAUUGCUUUCCAGAUCGCCAGUAUCUCGACAAACUCACCCCGAGACUCCGCAAGUUAUUUAACUCAGCCGCGAUCAUGACGACGAGCGACCCUUUCUGGACGACGCCGUUCUCAUUUCAUGAGAUGCCCUCCAAGGCAGCUGCUCUCUUUGGGGAGCUCCAGAAAAGCUACCUAGUCAUCUUCAAGGGUGACCUCAACUACCGCAAACUGACCAGGGAUGGACUGUGGCCUCACACCACCACGUUUGAGGAGGCUCUGGGUCCACUUGGAAAGCAAAGCGGCAUCAAAAUUUUGGCCCUUCGUACAAACAAGUCUGACGUUUGUGUCGGUGUCCCGACCCAGAGAGAGGUUGAUGCGUUGAAUGAGGAGGCGCCGGGUGGUGCUUGGAUCCAAAACGGAAAGUAUGCCGUUGUAUCGUUCAAUGAGGGCAAAUAA